AUGAGCGACCACCAAAAGCUCGCUGUCAAACAAAAUCCUCGCAUUCUCUUUCGAGACACACCAGAAGCCAAGUAUUGGCGACGAUUCAAGAAUCCAAUCUCGAUCAAGGAGUAUGGUCCUGUCACCUCGAUCUAUUUUUCACCUGCUGCACCAUACGACUUUGCUGUAUCGUCUUCGGCACGUGUUCAAAUCUAUUCUUCAAAGACACAUUCACCAAAGAAGACGAUUUCACGGUUCAAGGAUAUUGCAUAUUCCGGUUCUUUUCGACAGGAUGGAAAGCUCGUUGUAGCUGGUGAUGGCACUGGUCUCGUUCAAAUGUUUGAUGUCAAUUCACGUGCUAUUCUGAGAACAUUCCGAGGACAUUCAUUGCCUGUACAUGUUACGCGAUUCUCCAACGACAAGACGCAUAUUCUUUCAGCAUCAGAUGAUCGAACGGUGCGAUUGUGGGAUAUACCAUCAGAAACCAGUGUCAACGUAUUCGAGGAUCACGAAGAUUAUGUGCGUGCAGGUGUUGUGAGUGACGACAAUCCCAACUUGAUCUUGACGGGUUCCUAUGACCAAACCGUACGAUUGUGGGAUACUCGACAAAAUCAAUGUGUUAUGACGAUGCAGCAUGGCGCUCCUGUGGAAUCAUUGCUUAUGUAUCCUAGUGGUAAUGCGGUCGUUUCUGCUGGUGGACCAACACUCAAAGUAUGGGAUUUGCUUGCCGGUGGUCGAUGUAUGCACACUGUCAGCAGUCAUCAAAAGACAAUUACCAGCAUGUGCUUUGAUGGCUCGGCAUCACGCUUGCUUACGGGAUCUCUCGAUCAUCACGUCAAGAUUUUCAAUGUACAAGAUUACAAGGUUGUUCACAGCAUCAAAUAUUCGGCUCCUAUCAUGAGCGUCGCCAUGUCACCAGAUGAUACACAUCUUGUCGCUGGUAUGGCCAAUGGCUACUUAUCGAUCCGUAAGCGACAAGUCAAUAGUGAAGAGAAAGCUGCCAAAUCCCGGAAACAAGAACAAUUACGCAGCGGUGCUUACAAGUACUUCAUGCGUGGCAAAUCAAGCGUACCUGAACAAGAUGCCUUUGUUGUUGAGCGCACACGUAAAACAAGACUCAACCAAUACGACAAGUACCUCAAGAGCUUUGAAUACCAUAAUGCACUUGAUGAAGUGCUCCGUUUGCGCAACACCAAUGUCACUGCUGCCAUGUUACAGGAAUUGAUCCAUCGAGAUGGUCUUGAGUCGGCUCUCUCUGGAAGAGACGACGUGGGUUUGGAGCCGCUGGUCAGCUUCCUGAUACGACACAUUAAUCAACCACGAUAUACUCCUUUGCUUGUGGAUGUUGCAGAUGUUUUACUUGAUAUCUAUACACCGGUAGUGGGUCAAUCACCGCUGAUCGACGGCUUAUUAGGACAACUUGCAUUCAAGGUUAAUCGGGAAAUCGACUUGCAGAAGGACUUGACCCAAGCCAUGGGUAUCUUAGACAUGCUUUUUUCAAAAUCAGGAGCAGGCAGUGAACAUACUUCAUCCGACUAUUAA